CCUGGGACUACUGCCCGACCGUGGGAUAUCCCUGCCUGCACCAAGCAGCCCAGGGGCACCAGUAACACCUCUUCUGCUCAGGUGACGGGCAGCAGCGGUGAGCCUCUGCUCUCCCCCGGAACCCCCGCAGACCUCUCUGCCUCUGGCGAGCAGAAGCACACUGGAGCCCGCUUCACCCACCUCUCCAGCAUGCGGACGCCGACGGCGAUGAUCGUGGGGCUGGUGCUGUGCCCCUGCGGGCUCCUGCUGACGCUCACGGGCACGCUGGCACCCAGCUGGAGGCAGGUGAGCCUCAUACCCAACCAGCCCGUUGACCUCGUCUUGGAGCAGGGCAUCUGGGACAUGUGCAGUGAGCGGCAGAGCAGCCACGACCGCCACUGCGGGCAGGCUGAUGAGCUGGGCUACUUUGAGCAGGUGCCUGUGCGAGUGGCCCAAGGGCUGAUGCCUACCUCGCUGGUGCUCACCUUCCUCGGCUUGGUGGUGGCUGCCCUGGGGGUUCGCUGCUGGCAGAAGGAGCCACGGCACCUGCUGGCUGGUGUGGCAGGGCUUGUGCUGCUCCUCUCAGGGCUGCUGAGCCUCGUGCCUGCCUCCUGGUACACCCACGAGCUGUGGGCACUGCCUGCACCCGCUAGCAGCACGCUGGUUGUAGGCUACAGCUUGGUGCUGAGCUACUUAGGAAGCUGCCUGGAGAUCUUGGGGGGGCUGGCCCUCACCCUCAGCUUCCACCACUGCUGCAAGAAGCGCAGGGCCCCCAAACUGCCCCCCAGCCCUGUGCUGGAGGCUGGGCCGUGCUCCACCACUGGGGCUUACCGCAAUCCCUGGGACGUCCUGGAGGACGAGCGAGAUGGACAGCACCAGAGGAGCACCCUGCCUUGUGACUCCGACCUGUAGCCCCAGCACAGGGACAGCAGUGGGCACCAGCCAGCCCGCCUGCCUGACACUGAGAGCAGCGCUGGCUCCUGCCCCUCCAAGCCAUGCCCUUCUCUUGGGGUACUUCAGGGCAGGCUGGAAACAAAACCAAGGACCUGGCUUGAAUCUCUGCAACCUCCUCAAAAGCCUGCCAUGCUCCGGGCCCCACAACUGUGCCAAAGCCAUGCUGAGUUGAGGACCAGCCCUGGCUCCAGUGCCUCCAUGCAGUUUUUAGCUCAUCCUCCUGCACUGCACAGCAGCUUAGGCAAAGGCAGCUCCGGUGUUCCCACGUGAGCAUGGUAUAGGUUAGCACCUUGUAGCCUUCAGGGCUGGGAAUAGGGGAGGGGACCACCUCCCACAUGUCUCUGCUCAACUCAGGGCUGU